GUGUCCUCGCACACUCCAUCGAGCUAGCUUCACGAGUGAAUUAGUUGAGUGAUAGCUCAAUUAGUUAGCCGAUUACGUGGCACGCGCUGCUUGUUGCAGGAGCUGUUGAGCUAGCUAGCAAUGGCAACCUCGAUGGCUCGCCGAUUCGUGGCGGCGGCGUGCGUCGCGGCCACGGCGUUCGCGCUCUUGGCAGCGCCCAGCAGCGGGCAGCUGGACCCGCACUUCUACGACAAGGCGUGCCCGGUGGCGCUCCCCACCAUCAGGAGGGUGGUGGAGGAGGCCGUGGCGGCGGAGCCGCGCAUGGGCGCCUCGCUCCUGCGCCUCCACUUCCACGACUGCUUCGUCAACGGGUGCGACGGGUCGAUCCUGCUGGACGACACGCCCUUCUUCACCGGCGAGAAGAAGGCCUCGCCGAACGCCAACUCCGUCCGCGGCUUCGACGUGAUCGACCGCAUCAAGGCCGCCGUCAACGCCGCCUGCAGGGGCAACGUCGUCUCCUGCGCCGACAUCGUCGCCGUCGCGGCACGUGACUCCGUCGUCGCGCUGGGAGGGCCGUCGUACAACGUGCCGCUGGGCCGCCGGGACGCGCGCACGGCGAGCCAGGCGGCGGCGAACAGCAGCAUCCCGGCGCCGACCUUCGACCUCGGCCGCCUCGCCUCCAGCUUCGCCUCGCACGGCCUCUCCCUCCAGGACCUCGUCGUGCUCUCGGGCGGCCACACGCUGGGCUUCUCCCGCUGCACCAACUUCCGGGACCGCCUCUACAACGAGACCGCCGCCGCGCUGGACGGCGCCCUCGCGGCGUCGCUCCGGGCCGUGUGCCCGCGCGCCGCCGGCAGCGGCGACGACAACCUGGCCCCGCUCGACCCGACGCCCGCGCGGUUCGACGGCGCCGCCUACUUCGCCUCGCUGCUGCGGCGCAGGGGCGUGCUGCACUCGGACCAGCAGCUGUUCGCCGGCGGCCUCGGCGCCACCGACGCGCUCGUGCGGUUCUACGCCGCGAACCCCGACGCGUUCCGGAGGGACUUCGCGGAGGCCAUGGUGAGGAUGGCCAGCCUCGGCCCGCUCACCGGUGCCAGCGGCGAGAUCCGCUACGACUGCAGGAAGGUGAACUACUCCUGAGCGAGUGGUGUCCGUUCGCGCGCGCGCGAGGAGCUUUUGCCGUACAGUGUACUGUUCAGUCCAGAAGUGUCGUCGCGUCAAACAGAGUGCUUAAAGUUCAGUUACAUUUUCUACAUUCACGUCCUGAGAUUAGUAACUUUUUUUUUCGUAAUUUUUGUUUCAUCAUGUGUUGUACUCCUACGCUUUUUCAGUUGCAUUGGUUGAGGAACCAAUAAGUGUUUCUAAGACAGAUGGAGGAUGAUCUGCAUCUUUUUGGUAACGCUGGUGUGCCCAAAUCAUCUUUUUGUAGCAGCUGCACGGGAUUUCUGCUUGUGCGUUCAGUUGGUGGACCUACUAGCAUUUUGCGGUUGCUGCGACUCGCCUAGCUUUACAACCUCUGCAAUGAGCUUGUGACUCCUUUUUUUUUAAUUAGAUAGUACAACUCAUACACACAACGCACGCACACUCACAUCUAUGAACAUACGAGUACAAAUCCUAUUCCCAUUGAGCAUCUUUGAAGACUGAGCUGAUAAAUUCUCGAGAUUGACGAAGUCAUCAUAUGCGCCUCACUAUCACCGGAAACAUUGCCUAGCACUGAAAGCACAAUGUAACGUCGCCUACCACUGAAAGCACAAUACUAUUAAAUUCUAGAAUAUUCAUUUCCAGGAAGAGUCGAAUCUAGAAUUUGAUGCGCUACGGAGACUCGUGUUCUGCGCCCCCUUACUCCAUUUUUGCUUCCUUUGUGACCAAAGGAUCAAUACUUCAGCACAAAACGUUCAUAUGGUCUUUUUUUUUUGCGACUUCAACGUUCGGUCUUAUAGUCUUACAAGCCCAACACGAGAAAGCCCAUCACAAUGUUCGGCCCAGAAACUCCCAACUACUAUACUGCCCCCCCCACCCACCGGUUGUCUACUUGUCUUCUUAUCCGCCCUGUCCUGUCCCGCCGCCGCCGCAACGUCGUCGUGGCUUCUCCGGAGACCUAUCUCCUCCGCCCUCCUAGCGAGGCGCGCUACCCCUAGAAUCCUGCGCAGCACCAUCUGCUAUUCCUCCUCCACAUCCGCCCCCGCCGCACCACCGCCGUCUCCGCCUCCGCCUCCGCCUACCACCUCCCCCGGCGAUGGGGGCGGCGGGAUGAGAUGGGAGUCGGCGCGGAAGAAGAGGGUGGUGCUCCGCGUCGGCUACGUCGGCACCGAGUACCGAGGCCUUCAAAAGCAGCGGGAGCUUAGCGCGGACUCGACCAUCGAGUCAGUCUUGGAAUCUGCCAUCUUCAAGGCGGGGGGCAUUCUUGAGAGUAAUUAUGGAAAACUGCAAAAAGUUGGGUGGGAGAGGAGUAGCCGAACUGAUAAAGGGAAUGGACUAAUUUCAGGUACACUCGCUGGCUACAAUGAUCUCCCUUAAAAUGGAAAUCCCUGAUAGAGCGUGGGAGAAUGAUCCUGAUGGCAUAUCUCUUGCCAGUUUUAUUAACUCAAAUUUGCCAAACAAUGUCAGGGUUUUUAGUAUCUUGCCUGCACAAAGGAGUUUUGAUGUAAGGAGGGAGUGCUUAUACCGUGAGUACUUCUAUCUUCUUCCUGCUGAAACUAUUGGAAUUAAAGAUGGUUGUAGCUCUGAAGAAGUGCAAGAGCACUUGUCAGAGUUCAACAGCAUACUGAAAGGUUUCGAGGGAAACCAUCCAUUUCAUAAUUACACAGCACGUGCCAAGUACAGAAAAGUUCUUGCGGGAAGACAGCGAAGGGUGAAAGGUGCAAGUUCGACACUGAAGUCCAUGUCCUCUGAAAUGGGUAUGGAAGAAAGCUCUUCUGAAGAGAACACCCCUUCAGAGCAUGAUGAAGACCUGAAUAUUUCAUCAAUGAUUGAUUCUGGUGUAUGUGAAGACAGUUGUAUGAAUGAUAUUGCCAAAGGUUCUGAGAAUCGGGUGCAGAUUCAGGCUAGGUGGCUAUAUCCUAUAUGAGCCUGAUGAGAGUGAUAGACUAAAUGCUUCACAUUUCAGAGAUAUUAUCACCUGUUCCUGUGGCGAAUUGCAGAGUUCAUCAGGAAUUCAAUUUGUGGAAUUGACCAUAUACGGAGUAUCCUUCAUGCUACAUCAGAUCCGGAAGAUGGUUGGAACUGCGGUGGCAGUGAAGCGUGGAUUACUACCCAAAGAUAUCAUUGAACUGUCUCUAGCAAAGUUUUCUAGAAUAGUUCUACCAAUAGCUCCAUCAGAAGUCCUGAUCCUUAGAGAUAAUAGUUUCUGCACGAAAAAUAAGGAAGGGAGAAUUGUUCGCCCUGGGAUCCAGUCAAUUAGCAAUUCGGCGGAAAUCAGGAAGGGGGUUGAGGAAUUCUACAAGGCUGCUCUUCUGCCUGAGAUAGCGAAAUUCUUGGACCCAACUAUGCCGCCAUGGAAAGAAUGGGUAGAGAACUUGGACCGGUUUGCCAGCAUACAAGAUUCACAGCUGGAUGAAGUUAGGGAGGCCUAUAGAAUAUGGAAGGCUGAUUAUGACCGAGUGAAGAUGGCUAGAAAGAGUGCUGAAGCUGCUCAUAAGGUGGACAAAUAAUCGAAUUGAAUCGUUCGCUGAAGAGAAUAUCAUUUUUCCUGGGCAGACAGUUCCUUAUACUGGAUCUACAUGAGUAAUGGUUGGCAACGUCACCACCCGUUUUGAUGAGGGGGAUUUUCUUGUAAUUGCUUGGGGUCUAAUACAAAUCUUAAAUAAUUCCUAGAGACUGGGAUCUGAGUCUAAUCCUAUCCAAGCAGGUCCUUGGUGUUGCAUUUCUAAUCCAGGAGAACAUGGGCAAGAGGCUGAAGUGUUGAUUGACCCUACCAGGACAGUUCGCGGAUUGAAAAACAUCGAGAUUGUCUUCGCUGAAUUGCAGACUUACCAAUCAAAGUGAGCAAGUAAUACACUUCCUCUGAUCUACUUCACUCAUGUGGAGCCAUUGUGGUCCAGUUAACCUUUUUUGAACAAUGGCUUGUACUGCUUUACUUCAUAUUAUCCAUUCAUCAAGCAGCCUAUAUUGUUCUUCA